AUGAACGCUCGCAUACUCGAGAACGUCCUUAUCCAUGCACCAUCUGUGACAAAGCUUUCUCUCGAAGGCAACGAUGUCCUGUUUCGGCAUAUGAAAUGUCAUGCUCAAAAGAACGACAAAACAGCCACCAACAAAGCGACGGCCAGCCGUAGGAACACUAUUUCCGAGGGCGUCGCUCCUCAGACUGCCCAAAAUGAAUUCGACGUCAAUUCACCUGCCGCCCUGGCAAGUAGUACUCAAACUGGCAUUCCCUUGAUGCAAAUACUAUCGCCGCCCAACUAUCAUCCACCUCAAGGGAAUGAAACUACCCAACAACCCCCUAGGCAUUCCCUGGACCUUUCCACUCCGUUCUUGGAUUCGACUACCACACCCUCCAAUCCUCUCCACAUGGGCAUGUCCAGCACCUCUUGGACCAUUCCUUCUCCAAUCAACACCAUGAACAAGAUGCCUCAGCCACCACAGCCGCAAAAGCAGUCUCCGUCCCAAAAUAGUGGUGGCAACGCGUCGACAUUUGAGACCUCUGUCACGACCCCUGGUGGAAAUCCCGCACAAACCCCCAGGUCGGAGAUGGCACCCAACCAUUUCGCAGACAGUCACAUGGAAUGGCUACCUCCAUCAGACCCGAACCAAAACAACUUCCAUGACCCCUUUCAAAUGUGGUUGUUCCCGUCGCUGGGCGAUCUCGAUCAAUCACCGGACUUUCUUCAAACGUACGGCCUGACGGACCCUACACAGCAAUUUGCCGACCCCAAAGACCUGACAAAUGGCAGAGCGUACGAGAAUGCCGAUCGACUCAAGACCAUCGACAAAGUGCCCCGAGAACGGUUCUCGAGGGUGCAGCGGUGUUGGGGUCCCCGCCCCGGCCGGGUACAUCGCAUAAUGCCCAUCCUUUGGAAAGAGGUGGCGGCGUUACGUCUAGACAAUCUCUUUUCCGAAUCACCCACGACGGCCGAAGACUUUCGCACAACCUCGAACUGGGGCCUCGACAUCGACUGCAGGGUACGGUUGCGAGACGCGUUCCGGACCCCGGCACCUUCGGUCUACCACUCGCCGAAACUACAACCGGUCGUCGACCCGUCUCUUCAGCUACAGCAAGGCAACGAGGAAUUCCCUCCCGCCGAGAUUCUCGACAUCGCACUCGGUCUCUUCUUCAGACGGUUCCACCCCACGGUACCCUUUAUCCACAUGGCCACGUUCUCCGUCCGCACCACACCUUCACCCAUGCUCUUCGCCAUGUGCCUGAUCGGUCUGAGUAUACUGGGCACCACGGGGGCGACCAAAUUCGUGGCCAAGAUGUUCCCCAGCUUUCUCCAACGCGUGUGCAACGAUCUGUCGGCGUGCGCGGCCACGUCCGCCUCGCCGACCCAACAACUCGUCGUCUUUGCCACGGCGCUGCUCACGCUCAACCUGUCCGUGGUGACCGGUGACCGGGACUCGUUCAACCAGAGCCAGAUGCUCUACGUCAGUUUGAUCUCCAUGGUCCAACAGAACGGCCUGUUCGCCGCCGGGGACGGACAAUCCCUGGACGCGUUGCUGUCCGAAAUGUCCGAAUCCGACGACCGGUGGAAGGUGUGGAGCCGGAUCGAAUCGGCCAAACGGCUGAUUCUGGGACUCUUGCUCGUGGACUCGUGGUAUUCUAAUCUAUUGUCGAGGGCGCCCAUCAUCCGGUCCGAGUCAGUGUGCGUGGUGGCCCCGUGCGACGAGGCACUCUUCCAGGCCAAAUCGGCCACGCAGUGGCAGUCUUUGUUGAGGAGCGGCAAGAGCCAGAGCGCACCUCGGUUCCGCAUCGAGGACCUCCACCAGCACCACGACAUGCAACCCGUGGGUGGUGGCGGUCAACAGCUGGGUUACCUGGGUCGUUCGAGCCUGCUGGCCCUGCUCCAGAUCCAGAUGCUAGAGGCCUACCAGAGGUUGAUGCCACCGGACCAGCUGACCAUCGGGUCCUUUGUACCCUGGCACGUCUACUCGGGCGACGUGCGGGCCGGGACUCUCAUCCCCGCCGUGCUCGCCGCCACCCACACGGCCGGCCCACUUUCGUCCUCCAGCAGCGACGACACCAACUGUACGGUAUUGUGGCACAGUUUGUGCAUCAUGUUGCUGUCCGAUUUCCGCAUGUUCGAGCUGGCGGCCGGCCGUCACGGCGCCGCGCCCGCCACGGGGGCACUGGAAAGUAUCGGUCAGUGGUCCCAAACUCAGUCGGCCCGCCGGGCUUGCGUCCACGCCGCCCAAAACUUCCGCCUCAUGUCGGAGAGGCGGGUCUCGGACAAUGUCACCAUCCAUUCCGUGACGGCGCUUUUCGCCUCGGCCCUCGUGCUGGGCCUGUAUCUGUUCAUGGUCCAACCGGGUUCGUCUUCCCGUCAAGGUACCGCCCCCGUCGAACUCAUCGAGGCCGACCCGGAUUGGACGGAGCUUCACGAUUUGGGUUUCAAGGACGAAUCCCUCGACCAACACCCCGCCGACCGGAGCCUGACGGCCAACCGCGAGGACGAAUCCUGCCGGUCCCUCGUCUACCAGUUCGUCAAGCACGGCGGCACCGUGAGUCUCAACGGCGUCGUCCACCAGGGGGGCUACGAGAGUGCCCGGAGGGUCCUGUUGGACUUUGCCAACCUGAUGGACGGCAUCUCCGGACGGAGACUCAGGACCUUCACCCAGGUCCUGCACAUCAUGAGUGACGAUUUGAUGAAUGUGGAUCCGGGAUUGUAA